GAAAAAUACCCUUGCGGCUUGAAGGCAUUGGUGGAGGAGGACUACUGCUGAACAAACACCACUAUCUCCACUAGUAGUACCAUGCUAUAGGCCAGAAGAAAAAAAAAUGAGCGGGCGGCAGAGCAGCGAAAGGGCCCAUUCUGCGGGAAGAAGAAAAGUUUACCCCAAAGGCUGCGUCAGGGCCCCCCAUCAAAUCAUUACCCAGAGCGUCCAUGGUAGAGAGGCAGUCUCUCGGUUCAGACACCACGACCGCCGCCAUAUCUAGUAGAGUUUUCCUUCUUCUGCCUCUCUCUCUCCUCUCUUUUGCUCUUUCUAUAUCAACCUUCAACCAGUUGAUCCACCCUCGUUUGUGUCUCCAGCAAACACAUCUCUUGUACUCCUCCAUUGACGGUCUCGCUUGCAGACCACAGAGAGGAUUUUCGUCAUGUCGAGCCAGGAGAACGGGCCCAUGAUGGCCCUUGAGGUCAAGAAUGGCAACGACGCCAUUCGUUUCUGCGAAGGGCAGAGCUUCGGUGCUCCACGCAGCGUUGCCGGUGAAUUGGUCUUCCAGACCGGCCUGGUUGGUUACCCAGAGUCCAUCACCGACCCUUCAUAUCGAGGCCAGAUCCUUGUCAUUACCUUCCCGCUCGUGGGAAACUACGGUGUCCCUCCCCGAGAGGACCGUGACGCCAUCCUCAACGAUCUGCCCGCUCACUUCGAAGCCGCCGAGAUUCACAUUGCAGGUUUGAUCGUCGCCUCAUACUGCGGCGAAGAUUACUCCCACCACCUAGCCAGCUCUUCAUUGGGUCAAUGGCUCAAGCAGCAAAACGUCCCGGCCGUGUGCGGUGUCGACACUCGAGCCUUGACGAAGAAGAUCAGAGAAAAAGGAAGCAUGUUGGGACGCCUGCUUCUGCAGACGGGCACCAAGCGUAUACUGAGCACCGCCAACACCCAGAGCGGAGCCAUGACGCCGAAUGGCUCGGGCACGCCAGCGGUGACACCCGGAGUAAAUCUGGGAGCUGUCAACACUGCGCUGACACCUGCCGCUCGCCUGGCGGGAGCCAACGGUGCCGCUGGAUACUUCAGCAAGUCCAUCGAAGUUCCCGUCUACGAGGAGAUCGAAUGGUUCGACCCAAACACCAAAAACUUGGUUGCUGACGUCUCAAUUUCCAAACCCAAAAUUUACUCCCCCAGCCCGUCGAUUGCGUUGCAUCAUCCGUCUGGUAGACCUGUUCGUGUUGUAUGCGUUGAUGUUGGUCUCAAAUACAAUCAAUUGCGAUGUCUCAUCAACCGCGGAGUCGAGGUCGAGGUCGUGCCUUGGAACUACGAUUUCCCAAAGCUGGCCGGCAAGGAAUACGACGGUCUCUUCAUCUCCAACGGCCCAGGUGAUCCAGCGAUCAUGGCCGAGACGGUCGCACACAUCAAGGCAACACUGGAGGAAGCUCGAGUGCCCAUCUUCGGCAUUUGUCUUGGACAUCAAUUGCUUGCCCGCGCAGCCGGCGCCGGCACUGUCAAGAUGAAGUUCGGUAACCGUGGACACAACAUUCCCUGCACAAGUUUGCUCUCGGGCAAGUGUUACAUCACCUCGCAGAACCACGGUUACGCCGUCGAUGUCGCGACCCUCAAGGACGGCUGGGACGAGCUCUUCGUCAAUGCCAACGACAACAGCAACGAAGGUAUCCGGCACGUCUCACGACCAUACUUCAGUGUGCAAUUUCACCCCGAAAGCAACCCCGGACCUCGAGACACAGAAUUCCUCUUCGAUGUCUUCAUUGACACAAUUGUGAAGACGAUCAAGGACCCCAGCAACAUGCAGAAGCCCGUCACCUUCCCUGGUGGUGAUAUUCGAGACAACGAAGCUGCUGCACCCCGAGUCAACGUGAAGAAGGUGCUCGUCUUGGGUAGCGGUGGUCUCAGUAUCGGUCAGGCAGGAGAGUUCGACUACUCCGGAAGUCAAGCCAUCAAGGCUUUGAAAGAGGAGGGCAUUUACACAAUUCUCAUCAACCCGAACAUCGCCACCAUUCAAACCUCCAGAGGUCUUGCAGACAGGGUAUACUUCCUCCCAGUCAAUGCGGAGUUUGUGCGCAAGGUCAUCAAGGCGGAGAACCCAGACGCCAUCUACUGUACUUUCGGUGGACAGACGGCUCUCAAGGUCGGAAUCGAGCUCAAGGAUGAGUUCGAGGCGCUCGGCGUCAAAGUCUUGGGAACACCAAUCGACACUAUAAUCACUACCGAGGAUCGUGAGCUGUUCGCCCGAAGCAUGGACUCGAUCGGUGCGCCUGUCGCGAACUCGAAAUCGGCCAACAACAUCACUGAAGCUGUCGAGGCUGUCGAGUCCAUCGGAUACCCCGUCAUCGUUCGAGCCGCUUUCGCUCUCGGUGGUCUGGGUAGUGGAUUCGCGGACAACAAGGAGCAGCUUCUCGAGAUUUGCAACCGUGCCUUUUCGGUCAGUCCCCAAGUGCUCAUCGAGCGCAGCAUGAAGGGCUGGAAAGAAAUCGAGUACGAGGUUGUCCGUGACGCUCAGGACAACUGCAUCACUGUGUGCAACAUGGAAAACUUCGAUCCUCUCGGAAUCCACACCGGUGACUCGGUCGUCGUGGCGCCAUCUCAAACUCUGUCCGACGAAGACUACAACAUGCUCCGUACCUGCGCUGUCCGUGUGAUUCGUCACCUCGGCGUUGUCGGAGAGUGCAACAUUCAAUAUGCUCUGAACCCCAAUAGCCGCGAGUUCUGCAUCAUCGAAGUUAACGCCCGUCUUUCGAGAUCCUCUGCAUUGGCAUCCAAGGCGACAGGUUAUCCUCUUGCAUUCGUCGCCGCCAAGCUGGGUCUCAACAUUCCUCUUAACAAGAUCAAGAACUCGGUCACCAAGGUGACUUGUGCCUGUUUCGAGCCCUCGCUUGAUUACGUUGUUGUCAAGAUUCCUCGAUGGGAUCUCAAGAAGUUCCGCCGUGUCUCAACCCUGUUGGGCUCUUCUAUGAAGAGUGUUGGAGAGGUUAUGGCUAUCGGUCGAACCUUUGAGGAAGCUCUGCAAAAGGCUAUUCGUUCAGUCGACCCAAGCAAUCUCGGAUUCCACCAAACCUCUCAAGACACCCUCGUCACUUUGGACCAGGAACUCCAGACUCCCUCCGACCAGCGCAUGUUUGCGCUCGCAAACGCCAUGCACAGCGGUUACACUGUUGAUAAGAUCUGGGAGCUGACAAACAUCGACAAGUGGUUCCUCCGUAAGCUCAAGAAACUCAGCGACUUUGGUCAUCUCAUGUCUGAUUACACUGUCGAUAACAUCCCCACUCCGCUCUUCCGACAAGCCAAGGAGAUGGGUUUCUCCGACAAGCAACUGUCUCUGUUCUGGGACUCGAACGAGCAGCAUGUUCGACGCGCCCGUCUUGAGGCCAACAUUGUGCCAUGGGUGAAGCAGAUCGAUACCGUUGCUGCGGAGUUCCCCGCUUUUACCAACUACCUCUACCUCACCUACAACGCAAGCGAACACGACAUCAAGUUCGAGGAUCGUGGCGUUAUGGUCUUGGGUUCUGGUGUAUACCGUAUCGGAUCUUCUGUCGAAUUCGAUUGGUGCUCUGUCCGCGCCGUCAGGACGCUCCGAGAGAGCGGACACAAGACUGUCAUGGUCAACUUCAACCCCGAAUGUGUCUCCACCGACUUCGACGAGGUCGACCGCUUGUACUUUGAGAACAUCACCAUGGAGACUGUCCUUGACAUUUACCAGUUCGAGAAUGCAAGCGGUGUGAUCGUUUCCAUGGGUGGUCAGAUCCCGAACAACAUCGCCCUGCCACUGUUCCGUGCCAACGUCAAGAUUCUUGGAACUUCACCAGAGGACAUUGACAAGGCCGAGAAUCGAUACAAGUUCUCCCGCCUGCUGGAUCGCCUGGAGGUUGACCAGCCCGAGUGGAAGGAAUUGACCAGCAUCGAAGAGGCGAAGGAGUUCUGUAACAAGGUCAAGUACCCCGUGCUGGUCCGACCGUCAUAUGUGUUGUCUGGUGCUGCGAUGAACACUGCAUAUUCAGAAGCGGAUCUCGCUGGCUACCUCGCACAAGCCGUCGAUGUCUCUAAGGAUCAUCCUGUCGUCAUCACCAAGUACAUCGAGCACGCCAAGGAGAUCGAGAUGGAUGCUGUCGCCCGCAACGGCAAGAUGAUCGGUCACUUCAUUUCUGAGCACGUCGAGAAUGCAGGAGUGCACUCCGGUGAUGCUACCUUGAUCCACCCACCGCAAGACUUGGAUCCCGAAACCAUCCGCAAGAUCGAGGAUGCCACGCGGAAGAUUGGUGACGCGCUCAAUGUGACUGGUCCGUACAACAUUCAGUUCAUUGCCAAGAACAACGAGAUCAAGGUGAUCGAAUGUAACGUUCGUGCGUCACGAUCCUUCCCAUUCGUCUCCAAGACCACUGGACUCGAUCUCAUCGAGAUGGCGACCAAGGCGAUUACUGGGACUCCUGUCCGCGAAUACCCUCCCACCAACAUGCCUUCCGAUUUCGUCGCCGUGAAGGUCCCACAGUUCUCCUUCUCGCGAUUGGCGGGUGCCGACCCUGUCACUGGUGUUGAGAUGGCCUCAACUGGUGAAGUCGCAUGUUUUGGUCGCACGAAGUUUGAAGCUUACAUGAAGGGUCUCAUCUCGACCGGGUUCCGACUUCCCAAGAAGAGCAUUCUCCUGUCCAUCGGAUCGUUCAAGGACAAGCUGGAGAUGCUCGAGCCAGUUCGCAAGCUCCACAACCUUGGUUUCAAGCUCUACGGUACUUUCGGCUCAGCUGAUUUCUUCAAGGAGAACGACAUUGAUAUUCAGUUCGUGGAAGACCUCAACUCGGGUGACCAAAAGGAUGAGUACUCCCUCACUCACCUCCUCUCCACCGGAUUGAUCGACCUCUACAUCAACUUGCCGUCCAACAACAAGUUCAGACGUCCGGCCAACUACAUGAGCCGAGGUUACAAGACUCGUCGUAUGGCUGUCGAUUUUGACACACCGCUGGUGACUAAUGUCAAGAUCGCGAAGAUCCUCAUUGAAGGUCUUGCCCAGAAAUACGACUUCAGCAUCAGUUCUUUGGACAGUCAAGUCUUCAACCAGGUGCCUCUCGUUCCUGCUAUCCUCCCGUCUGCAGGGCCCUCGCCAUCCUUGCCCGAUCUGCUCGCACAGUCGGCACUGAAGGGCAAAGACAUCGUCUCCGUCAGGCAAUUCACAAGGGAUGACUUGCAUCUGCUCUUCACCAUCGCUGCCGAGAUGCGCCUUCGCGUCGCCCGAGAGGGUGUCCUCGACGUGCUCAAGGGCCGGGUGCUGUGUUUGAUGUUCUUCGAACCUUCAACCCGAACUUCAUCCUCCUUCGAUGCCGCCAUGAAGCGCCUUGGUGGCGCCACUAUCAUGAUCAACGAGUCCCAGUCAAGCACACAAAAGGGCGAGUCUCUCGAAGACACCAUCCGCACCCUUGAUCAAUACGGCGAUGCCAUCGUGCUCCGUCAUCCCGACAACGACAGCGCCGAGACCGCCGCACGCUAUUCCGACCACCCCGUCAUCAAUGCUGGUAAUGGCACUCGCGAGCACCCGACCCAGGCGUUGCUCGAUCUGUUCACGAUCCGUGAAGAGUUGGGUACCGUUAAUGGCCUGACCAUUACCUUCACCGGCGACCUCAAGAACGGCCGCACCGUCCACUCCCUGUGCGAGAUUCUGAAGCACUACAACGUGACCAUCCAACUCGCAGCUCCGGCAUCGCUCGCCUUGCCCAGCAAGGUCCGCGCCGCGCUUUCCGCCCGAGGACAGCUUGGCACCGAGUCGGAGCGCCUCACCCAGGAGAUGAUCGCCAACACCGACGUCCUCUACUGCACUCGCGUGCAGAAGGAACGCUUCGAGGACCUCGCUGAGUACGAAGCCGUCAAGGACGAGCUCAUCGUCAACGCCAAGACCCUUCGUGAUGCGAAGAAGAACAUGAUUGUCAUGCACCCGCUCCCGCGCAACAUGGAGUUGCACAAAGACGUCGACGACGACCCGCGCGCAGCCUACUUCCGACAGAUGAAGUACGGCAUGUUCGUCCGCAUGGCCCUCUUGGCGCUCGUCAUGGCACCGUAGAGGAAAGGUUCAAUCGCUUCACGAUGGGUGAGAGACCUCGAGAUCGAAUGCAUAGCGAUGGCGUUGGAAGAGUGCUUUGUUGUCCCGUCCAAAAGUACAAUUUGAUUAGCAAAAGAAUGUAUGAUGAUGAAAUACGUAUGACGAUCAACCUGCUAUGAUAUAUCGCGACUCCUCGCGAACCACUGUAGCUCGUGGCGAAUAGACAUUGUAAAAGCGAGCGUGCAGGAUGUGUCUAGUC